AUGGAGGGAACUGUUCUUUGUUUCGGAGUCAUCAUCAUCAGGUGCACGCAAAGGUGGGAAGAGUAUUGGCAAGAAACCGGAUCACACGGUAAGCUCGUCUUCAAGUAUAAACUCAAACGGAUUCCGGGACAGCCCGAGCUAUCGUGGAAAGUGGUGAAGCAAACGAAGAAGUCGGAGAACCGUGAAGGUUUGUGCAGGCUUGACAUCUCAGAAGGGCACGAGAGGUUACCGAUUUGCGCGGAAACGACGAGUAUCUCUUUGACAUUGGGAACAAGUAGAUGUCGAAGGGAUGUCGAAGCUAAUGCCAGGGAUGGAGAAAGAGAAAGAAGAAGAAGAUGGCGGCGAUGUGGUGAGACGGCGGGGUUCACCGUGGACGCCGCGAAGAAAGGGAACAUCGGGAGGUUUAUAAACCAUAGUUGCUCGCCGAAUCUGUAUGCGCAGAACGUGUUGUAUGACCAUGAAGACAAGAGGAUCCCUCACGUGAUGCUGUUUGCGAUGGACAAUAUACCUCCGCUUCAAGAACUCACUUACCAUUAUAACUACAUGAUCGACCAGGUGCGCGAUGUUAACGGUAACAUCAAGAAGAAGAUUUGCUACUGUGGUUCUUCUGAGUGUACCGGUAGGCUCUAUUAA